ACCGAUCUUCACUUCGGCUGUGUCAGUUGAAGGAAACUUCUCUCUGCUGCCGUCUAUCUCACAGUUCUCUAACAUGGCACUGCGACUCGGUAUGUCGUCCCUGGCGCGCCAGGCCGUGCGGAUGGCCAGGCGGUACAGCGAAGUGUCUACCGACCUAAGGUAUGUUGUGUCCUGCCUGACGUCCGAGCGGAAACGCGUGCCGCACUGGUACAUGUACGACACCCGGGGAUCCGAACUGUUUGAAGAAAUAGCUCGCAAAUCGUCGACUUACACCCUGUGGAAGCACGAGUACACCCUGCUUCAGAACCACAUGACGGACAUCAUGAGCUCCAUGUCAACUCCCGCCCUGCUGGUGGAGCUGGGGAGCGGCGCCUCCUCCAAAACCCGCCCCGUCAUAGAGGCCAUGAUUGAGCGUCAAGGAGCGCUGACAUACGUACCAGUGGACAUAGCAAAAGACUACAUCGAGCAAGUCUCACGAGAGUUGGAGCGAGAGUACAGCGCCCUGAAGGUGGAGCCGUUCGGCGGGCUGUUCAUGGACGGAUUACGUCACGUUGCUGACCGCCCUGAGCCCAAGCUGCUCCUGUUCCUCGGGAACAGCAUCGGGAACGUCCCCAUCGACGAACACGUUCCGAUGAUGAAGGAGAUCAGGGCGUAUCUCAGCCCCCAGGACAGGUUCGUACUGGGGCUGGACCUGAACACUGACCGGGACUCUGUACUGAAGGUCUACCAUACCGGGGACCGGCGGCCGUGGCUGGACAACAUCAUAGAGCGACUUAACAGGGACUUCGAUGGGAACAUAGACAAGAUGAAGUUCGAGCCCACCACCAACUUCGUGCAGAACCCUGCAGAAGGAGACACGCCCAGCUACGUGGAGAGGUAUCUCCAGAACACCACCGUGCAGAGCGUGCAUCUGAGAAAACUUGGACUUGACAUUGACUUCCCUGCUGGGGACAAGCUUUACUUGUCGGACGGGCCGAACUACAGCUGCAAAUUCAGCCAGCAUCAGGCGCGCCGCCUGGCGGAGAAAAGCAACUUUGCAGUGGAAGGCCUCUGGGCCAACGAAGACGCAAAAUUCUGCCUCGUGUGCCUGGCUCCAAAAUAG